AAACAAACACAGCUAGUGCUGAAGAUGGCGGAGCUUUCCGAAGUGGCUUAAAGGAGCUGGCGUGCGGCUGCGGACGCGUUUUCUAGACCGCUGAAGAAUGCUCGUAAACCGGGUUCACCUGAAUGAGUCCCCAGGAGUGUAGGGUUCUGGCCUGGUUCUGUGUACUGCUGUAAAAAAGGUGCAGACGUGGCCUUGCUGAACAUAUAGAUGCACUCCUUGACUGGGUUUUCCAGCAGAGCUUCCACAGGGUCACACAAAGAAUGUGAAGUGGAGAGGAGUGGAUGUCAUUAUUCUACACUGCUACAGAGGUGCUGAUAUGUGUUGAAGAUGAGUGGAGUGGGAGAGAACUCUCUGGAGCCGCUGUGCGCCGACCGAAAACGCAAACUCUCCACCUGUGACACGCCUGGACUAGGGUGUGAUAAGCGGCGGAGAGAACAGGAGUGUAAGUACAUCGAGGAACUCGCCGAGCUGAUCUCCGCCAACCUCAGCGACAUCGACAGCUUCAACGUCAAACCAGACAAAUGCGCCAUCCUUAAAGAGACAGUGCGCCAGAUACGGCAGAUCAAAGAGCAGGGAAAAAGCUCAUGUGGCGAUGAUGAUGUCCAGAAGGCGGACGUGUCCUCCACAGGUCAGGGGGUCAUCGAUAAGGAUCAUCUGGGCCCUCUGCUGUUGCAGGCUCUGGACGGGUUCCUGUUUGUGGUAAACCGUGAAGGCAGCAUUGUGUUCGUCUCUGAUAAUGUGACUCAGUAUCUGCAGUACAAGCAGGAGGAGCUCAUUAACACCAGCAUCUACAACAUCCUGCACCAGGACGACAGAGAGGAGCUGCAAAAGAACCUGCCCAAAGCAAACGGACCUAAUGGUGUAUCAUGGGCUGGAGACACCUCUCGUCAGAAGAGCCACACCUUCAAUUGCCGCAUGCUGGUGAAAUUCGGGCAUGGAGGCCCGGGCGGAGAGGAUGUUGCAGGCAGGCCGCGAUACGAAAUCAUGCAGUGUUUUGCCCUCACACAGCCUAAAGCCAUGAUGGAGGAGGGGGAAGACCUGCAGUCGUGUAUGAUCUGUGUGGCGCGGAGAGUGACUGCAGUGGAGCGGACGGAGAGAUUUACCACCCGGCAUGAGCUCUCAGGCAAGCUGAUUGAAAUCGAGCAGCAGAGCACGCUACACACCACCAUGCGUCCUGGCUGGGAGGAUCUAGUGCGCAGGUGUAUGCAGAUGUUCCUCAACCGCAAUGAAGGCCAGCCCUGGUCCUACAAACGUCACUACCAGGAGGCUUACCUGCACGGUCGAGCAGAGACUCCAUUGUACCAUUUCUCUCUGUCUGAUGGAACACCAGUAACAGCUCAGACUCGCAGUGAACUCUGCCGGAACCCAAACACCAACGAGCCUCUCAGCUUCCUCUCCACUCACCUCCUGCAGAGGGAGCAGAACAGCUACAGGCCAAACCAGGCAGGUGUAAUGCGAGCCCAGGGGAUCGGAGGUGCCAACCAUAAUUCCCAAAUGAACAUGGCUCCUGGUGGGCAGAUGGGUAUGGGGAAUGCCAGGGGCUACGGCGGCAUGAACGACCCAGGCCAUAUGGGGCCCAGAGGAGGAGGAGGUCCCAUGUACAGCCCUGGCAACAGAAUGAAUCAGAUGAACUCGAUGCACCAGGUGAAUCAAAUGAACCAGAUGAACUCUAUGAACCAGAUGAAUCAGAUGGGCAUGAUGAAUCAGAUGAACGCGAUGAAUCCUAUGAACCAGAUGAAUUCCAUGAACCAGAUGAAUCAAAUGGGCUCUAUGAAUCAGAUGAACUCCAUGAAUCAGAUGAACCAUAUGAAUCAGCAUCAGCACCCAGGAAUGAAUCAGCAUCAGCACCCAGGGAUGAAUCAGCAUCAGCACCCACACCAACAGCAGCACUUCCAGCAGAGCGGGGGGUAUGGCUUGGGCAUGACAAGUCCAUCGCAUAGCAGCCCGGGUAUGAAUCCCUCUCAGCAGAGCAUCAUGGGAUCUCCGCGGAUACGAGGAAGCCCUAAAAUGGGAGCUAGCCCCUUCUCUCCAGGAGGCAUGCAUUCUCCUAUGGGCCCUGUGAGUAUGGGUUCCAACAGUGGCGCCUCCGGUCCAGCAGGUAGCAGUACAUUCUCAAGCAGCUCCCUGAAUGCCCUGCAGGCUAUCAGUGAAGGAGUGGGUUCCUCCCUCCAGUCCGCGCUCACCUCCCCGCCUCACAAAUCUGACGGUUCUCCCGGCAUCAAUUCCACACAGUCCAGUCAGUCAAACCAUUCGCAAGCGCUAAGUAAUAAAGGUGCCGGUGAUUGUAUAAGCCCCUGCGGUGCUGACCAGCAACAGGCUACUCCAUCUGAAACUGGGAUAGACAAGCCAGAUAGCCAGUCCAGUAAAGAUGGUGGGCCUGGGGCUGACAGCACUCUCAGGGGUUCGGACGCGAAAGGCAAUAAGAAACUGCUUCAACUGCUGACGUCCCCACCGGAAGAGCUCUCUUUGGGAGCAGGAAACAGCGGACCUGUUCCCGGCCGUGCGUCCACGCCCAUGGGUGGCAUGGAUUCAAAAGAACCUGGGGGCUGCAUGACCAGCCCGUCUUCCACAGGAGUGUCCUCGUCCUCUUCGGCUUCGUCACAAGGGCAGCAAGGUUCAGGAUGCGUAUCGUCUUCGGGCUGCAUGGGACAUGGGAUGGCGUCCCACUCUGUGCAGAAGCACAAGAUCCUCCACAAGCUUCUUCAGAACAGUAAUACUCCAGACGAUGUUGCCCGCAUAACGGCCGAGGCCACGGGGAAGGUCGGCCUGGGUUCUGAACACCCGGGCGCAGACGGUUCCGGGCCGGAGGUCAAGCAGGAGCAGCAGAGUCCGAAGAAAACUCAUGUCCUGCUUCAGUACCUUCUAAAAAAGGACGAUUCCAAGGACUCCUGCAUGGCCGAGGGCAAACCCGGAUUGGAUGAGCUGGAGGGAUGUGGGAUUGGCACGGGGCCAGGCUCAGGAGUCACAACCUCCAGUGGACAGGAAGCCAAAAUUAAGAUCGAGCCAGCUGACGAGCUGGAAAGCCUGGAGAGCAUUCUAGGAGGUUUAAGGAAACCCGGUCCUGGAAUGUUUACUGAUACUAGACCUGGAAGUGGGUCAGAUGGAGAACACAAGAAAGGGAAUGGACCCAACAACACUGGCCAUGAUCGAGAAGGUGGAGUGAUAGGCCCUGGACCUCGGGUACCUUUUCAGAGAGCAGUGUCUGUGGACAGUAAACCUCUAGGUGCAGCAGGAGUAACAGGCAGGAGGAGUGCCCCUUCUUCCCUCAUCAAACAGGAGAGCCUGGACAGCCACAUUGGCAUGGGAGGUCCCAACAAACAAAUGGGCAUGAACCAGAUGCGACCAAUGAUGGGCUCUGGUGACUGGAGGAUGCAGGGUCCCAGUAACAGCCCUGGUGGCACAAAUGGUCACCCAGGAAUGGGCUGCCCAGGUGUGGAUCCAAACCCCAAGGGUAUGAUGGGAGGCCCAAUGAUCAACAGAUCCAACAGUGUACCCGCUCCCAGAUCCAUGCUUCAGCAGCAGCUAAUGGACAUGGGUCCAAAUGAAAUGGGAAUGAAUGUGAAUGCGUUCAGAGGGCAGCCACAUGCUCCCCAGUCUCCUUCGUGGCCCGAAUGUGGAAUGGGUAUUGAGCGAGGUCAUGGUGGCAACAGCAUGCCAUUUGGCAACCCACUGGAUGAUCUACUGGUACCCCCAGCAACCAGUGAGGGGCAGAGUGAUGAGCGAGCACUGUUAGAUCAACUGGACUCUCUCCUCAACAACACAGAUGUGAUUGCCCUGGAGGAAAUCGACCGGGCACUCGGGAUACCGGACCUUGUUAGUCAGGGCCACAGUUCAGACCAGCCUCCGACCCCCACGGACUCCUUCCCUGGCCCUGGCCCUGCCCCUGACUCUGCAAUGGGUAUGGACCCUAAAGCCAUGUACAGCUCAGGUUAUCCAGGCCCACCAUCCAUGGGUGGCAUGCAGGGAGGCUAUGGGCCUCGACCCAGUCCUGGACCUGGUCCUGGUGGCCCUGGUGCUGGCCCAGGUCCUAUGCAGGGCCAGCCUGGGCCUGGUUUUAACCCCAUGAUGGCACAGAUGGGUGGGAUGGGAGGCAUGCACCCCCGAGCUGCCAUGAUGCGCCCGAGGAUGAUGAACGCAACCAAGCCCCUCAGACUGCAGCUUCAGCAGAGAUUACAGGGACAACAGUUUAUGAACCAAACCAGGCAAGCAAUGGCAGUGAAAAUGGAGAAUGCACCAGGAGCCAACCCCGGAGUGAGGCCUGGCAUGCAGCCCGGCAUGGCGGGACAGCCUGGGUUUCUGAACGCUCAGAUGAUGGCUCAGCGGAGUCGAGAGAUGAUGACUCUGCAGAUGAGGAGGCAGAGGAUGAUGAUGAUUAUGCAGCAGCAGCAACAGCAAGCCGCAGCCGGAGGCUUCAGCCCCCCUCCUAACGUUACCGCCCCCACUGGCAUGGAUAACCCCAUGGGAGGAGCUGCUAUGAACCAGCCGGGCCAGCAGCCGUUUAAUUAUAGUGGAAAUUACGGAAUGGGCCAACAAGGGGACCCUUCGUUCGUGGGUACUGGCAGCAGCCCUCCUAAUAUGAUGCCUGGCCGCAUGGGAGGCCCACAGAAUCCCAUGAUGCAGCAGCACCCUCAGAGCAGCCCCAUGUACCAAUCAGCAGAGAUGAAGGGUUGGGGUCAGGGAGGCAUGCCCAUGAACAGCUCAUACCCUCAGCAGCAGUUCCCCCAGCAGGGUGCGCCAUCGCAAUACGGAGGCAUGAUGAUGAAUGGGGCUGUGCAGGGAGGAGUGAAUGGGCCUGGACAGAUGCCUCCAAUGCAAGGGCAAAUGGGCAUGAACACCAUGGGCAUGGGUCGCAUGCCAGUGGUUCCUGAACAGGUAAUGAAGAAUAAGUACUUGUAGCAGAGAACAGCCUUAUUGAAAAGGUUGAGGAGAACGGAGCCCUGCUCGGGCCGGUCAGUCGGGCAAGUCACAGCCGAGACAUCCAGCACUGCUGAGCUGCUUCUGCUUAUGGACGAGCGACAUUUGGAAUGAUACAGCUGGGACACAGAGAGAGAGAGAGAGAGAGAGAGAGAGAGACUCUUGACUUUGAAAUGGACUUCUUACCAGCUCAGUGUGUGAAAUGCUAUACGAAUGUGUGCGCAAGUGUGUGUGUGGGUUUGGGUGAGUGUGCGUGCAAUAGGGCAUAAGAGUCAUGCCCUCUCUCUCUGUCUGUCUGUCUGUCUGUCUCUCUUUCUCUCUCUCUCUCUCUCUCUCUCUCUCUCUCUCUCUCUCUCUUUCUCUCUCUCUCGCUGUGUGUGUGGCUGUGUGUGUGGCUGUGUGUGUGGCUGUGUGUGUGGCUGUGUGUGUGGCUGUGUGUGUGGCUGUGUGUGUGCGCAGUACUUGACGUAAGCACCAGAGGGCGCUUCUCUCUUGCUGUGGAUCUGAGCGGGGUGGGUUAUGGUACAGCAGCUGAACGGGUGGGGAUGCACUUUAUUGCUAAUAAGGAAAAGGAUGUUUGCAAUAUUUCUUGCUCGUUCUGGCCUUAUCGACUCAAAACUCAAUACUUUUAGGAAUGACCUUUUAAUUUUGUUUUCCUUUACUCUCCCCCCCCCAAAGUGACUCAUUUUAGCAGGAGCUUUCAGGACACGCUGACUUUUUCAGUUUUACAAUAUAUGCAGCAGAUUCAAGCAAUAAACACGCUCACACUACGCCAUACGAGCUAAAUGGUGUGUCGAUCCAAAAAAAAAAAAGAGAGAAAAAAGGUACUGCAGUAUUAAAUUGGAUUUUUUUUUUUUUGAAAUAUAUGUGAAUAUGAAUGGACUUGUACAUGCUGUGCGCUCCAGAUGUAUCACACAUGCUCUUAUUAUAUACUGUACAAUUUUUUUUUUUUUUUUGCACAGAUUAUUUUUGGGCCACGUUGGGUCCAUCAUUCAUAUUAUAUAUAUAUAUAUAUAUUUUAGGUCAAUGUUUGCUUCAGGUUUAAUUCUCUUUCUAUUUUACAGUCAAAGGGAGAACAUUUUUAUGAACGCAGUGGUGAAAAAUACGGGAAGAAGAAAGACAGACAGACAGACAGACAGACAGACAAUAUUUUCCUGUCUUUCUAUAAGCUUUUCUCUCUAAGCUACCCGUCACUAUCGUUAAUCGAUUAAUGAAUGCUUUCAGGUAACACCUCUCGAGUGCAUUUUAUUGCUGGGUUUUCGUAAAAAUCUACCUUUUUAAGGAACGUGCACAAUCCAAAGAUAGGCCUGUGGCAGCGUUUUGCUGGGCUAUUGACUUUUUAACUGUAGUUUGUUGUGCAAACAUACAUACUGUCAUAUAUAUAUAUAUAUCAACUUUAAUAUGACUUUGUAUUAGACCAUUAGGAAUAAGGGUGCUUAAUAAAGGGUGCCAAAAUCAUUUUUGGCUAUCUAAAGACAUUUUUUGAAAAUUCAGGUGCAGAAAAGAAAAGUCCAGCCCAGGAAUUUGAUCAAGUUGUUAGAAAUCCAUAAAGUAAGGUAGAAAAUCAGCUCAGACAAUUCUUGGAUCAGAUUUUUCAGAUCUGUACCUGAAUUUUUCAAAAGUGGUUCUUUUGUGGUAUCACACAAUGAACCCUUUGUAGUACCUUUAUUUUUAAUAGUGUACAUGCUGUACACAAAACCAAGGCCAGUUCAUGCAACAGUGUUUGUGCUUCUUUUCUUUUUUUUUCGGGAGACUUACGUUGAUUUUUUGGUAAUUUUUUUAGGGUGGUUUUUUUUGUGUUUUUUCUUUUGAGAAAUAACAAUCAGAUGAGCUGCCGCAGUCGUUUUUUCUUUUUCCGUACCAUUCUUAAUCUCAUCGGAUCAGGAGGGGACAAGUCAUGUGUUGUUUAUUUUUGAUAGCCUAGAUCACGUUGGAUCAUGAUGAAAUCUAUUUAGAGACGAGAAAUCCAGAAACGGUUGUUCUGUAUUGUUAUGAGUCACGGGGGCGGGGUCUGAUUAACUUAUGUAGAGGAGGGCGCAAAUAAACUGACGUUUUACAGGCUGUAAAUUACAGUACAUUUUAUUCUUUUCCUCGAUGUUGAUAUUGUUGUAAAUAAAAUUUAUAUUUAAACAUGA